CAUUUCGCGAUGUAAACAUUAUCUAGUUUUAGGUUUUGGACGUUUAUGAAAGCUAGUAGGACAUGAAGUGUGCUCAAGGUGUUUUUGUGUUGUUAAAUUGCUUCAGUGUGCUUGCUGAGAUGGCGCAAUUUUCGAAAGACGCGGUAUGGUAUGGUUCGCCCGUGAUACACUUCAGUCGCGCUGGUGGCUGUUUGCGAUUUGACGUAUUCCGCGCGCGGGGAUGACACUUGUCAGCUUAAUUUAUGAAAUGUCAAACAUUUUACGUGUAAUGCGCGAGUGAACUGUGAACGGUAAACAAAUUAACAGUGAUAUUGAUGCAGUGAUUUUUUUAAAAGGGUGACAUGGACUGUUAUUACUCUAAGUUUUAUCCAAGGCGUAAGUGACAAAUGGAAAGUUUACUUCGGUGAUCGGUUCUCUCAUGAUGCACCCUGCAGGAUACUACGCUAAUCUUGCGAGCGGCGCGCUCGCAGCCGGCACCAUUGCGUCUCCCUGGAGCACGGCGGCCGGCGCGCCCGACACCAAUGGAUCGGGCGGCGCCGAUGCCAAGCACCUCGACGUUGGCGAGGCCAGUGACGAUGAGAAGGAUAUGUCGGCGGCGGACGCAGAGGGCGUGUGGAGUCCGGAUAUCGAGCAGAGCUUCCAAGAGGCGCUGGCGAUCUACCCUCCGUGCGGGCGGCGGAAGAUCAUCCUCUCCGACGAGGGCAAGAUGUACGGAAGAAACGAACUUAUAGCAAGAUAUAUAAAGUUAAGAACAGGAAAGACGCGCACAAGGAAACAGGUCUCGUCACACAUACAGGUGCUAGCCAGGCGAAAACUACGCGAGAUUCAGGCCAAACUCAAAGUGGACGGUGGGGUGAUGAAAGAGAAGGCGAUGCAGUCUAUGAGCACACUGUCGAGUGCGCAGAUAGUGGCGGGAUUGCCGCACCCGGCGUACCACCACACGCAAUUUUGGCAACCUGGUCUACAAGCAGGCACGUCACAAGAUGUGAAGCCAUUCCCGGCUACAGGGUACAAAGGUGUUCCCGGAGUGCCGGGCGUGGGCGUACCUGGCGGGACGGACGUGGCGCCGCCGCCGCCGUGGGAGGGACGAGCCAUCGCCACGCACAAGCUCAGGCUCGUCGAGUUCUCAGCCUUCGUGGAACACCCCCGAGAUCCAGACACAUAUCCACCGAGCACAGCGCCGGCGCAACAUUUAUUCGUACAUAUAGGUGGUACUGUAACAUACGCAGAUCCUUUAUUAGAGUCAGUAGAGGUACAGCAGAUAAACGACAAAUUCCCUGAGAAGAAAGGCGGUUUGAAAGAGCUGUACGAGAAGGGGCCGCGAAACGCGUUCUUCCUCGUCAAGUUCUGGGCGGACCUUAACACCAACAACCUCGACGAUCCAGGAGCCUUCUACGGAGUCACUAGUGUGUACGAGAGCAACGAGAACAUGACAAUAACGUGUAGCACAAAAGUGUGUUCGUUCGGCAAACAAGUGGUGGAGAAGGUAGAAACGGAGUACGCCCGGUUCGAGGGCGGCCGCUUCGUGUACCGCAUCCAGCGCUCGCCCAUGUGCGAGUACAUGGUCAACUUCAUACACAAGCUCAAACACCUGCCCGAGAAGUACAUGAUGAACAGUGUGCUGGAGAACUUCACCAUUCUGCAGGUGGUGUCAAACAGAGAUACUCAAGAGACGCUUCUAUGCGCGGCGUUCGUGUUCGAAGUGUCAAACAGCGAACACGGGGCUCAGCAUCACAUCUACCGCCUCGUCAAAGACUGAACACCACCCCUCUAUACCCUUUCCAAACCUCCGAAGCCUUCUGCAACAGGCAUGUUAGCAGUUAGCUAUUCACUCAUUAAUUAUUAUCAUUAUUUAUAGUGAAUACACUUUCCGAUUUAAACUGAUCAUAUUAUACAGAGGUGAUACCGCAAAAAAAAUUGUGGAAAUUCGUGCUGAUGACCUUUCCAUAUUCCUUUGGAGAAUUUCAGUAUGAGAAAUUCGACGCGUGUGGUUCUGCUGUAAUUUGCGAUCAGCAUUAUGAUUAUUCAAAUGUUAAGCGGACCAUAGGUGUGUGAUGUCACAGAUGAGCUGCUGAUUGAGAUAGUUAAGCUAAUGGAACAGACUAAAGCUGUAAAUAAUUAUAUUUUGUUAACGUCGGGAGUUUUAUUUAGAUUGUCAUCAAAUAGAAUCUAUCUACAUAUAAUUAAAAGCAGAAGUAGCUAGUUUCUAUAAGGAUACGAGGAAAGAUGUAGAAAAACCUGGAUAAGUAAAUCGGAAAGUGUAGGUAUGCACUACACAUCAAAAAAUUUCUAUGAUCGUGGACCUAUUUAUUUAAACUAAAAUAUAUUUUUUAUUAGUAGGUCUUUGCAAUAAAAGGGUGUCGUGUUCAGCUGACACGUGUAUGUAUCGAAAAUCAAUAUAAAGAAAUCGUUAUACAUAUUAUUAUUAUAUUGACGCGACUCUAGCAAAAAUGUGAUCUGAAAAUUUACGCUACAAGUAUUUUUGUAAAUGAAAUUUUAUGUAUAGCUCAAUUUUUAUCUAUCAUAGAGUUAUAUUAUAAUUUAUUCCCAAUCGAAAUGGGAAAUUUAUAGCAUUCGUUUAGGUUUGACUCUAUAUUUAUAUUUUUUAACGUUUUCGGUUGUAAAAAUGUUUUACGUCCAAUAAUUUUCACGAAAUAUCGUUCAGUACCUUUGCCCUAAAUGCGUGUAUAAAUAUGAAGUUAAGUGAAAAAAUAUUAAAUUGAAUACACACAGUGCCUCUAUAAUUAUGUUACAUUAACAUAAAUGAGCAUAUUUGGUCUUUUCACUGUGAAAAUGAUAAGGAAAUUGUCUAAAUAUAGGUUUAACGACAGUGAAAAGAUUAAAUUUUAGUGUAGAAUACAGUGAAUAGUUCGAUUAAGUGAAUUUAGAGUUGUUAAGAUGUCUAGUGAAGUUUACGAUUCUGAGUAGGUAGGUACUUGUGGUACAAUUUUAUUCAUUGUUUUUUAAUGUCAAUUUAUAUGAAAACGUUGGCUGUUAUAUUUUAGUUUUAUUUCCUGCGUUAUUUACUAUUUGUUAUUCCGUCUGCAGCAUGAAGUUUGUCCAGAUUGACAUUGAUUUUUUGAGAUUGGUUGUUGAUCAAGUUUGACCUGCAAACGGUACCCUGUCCAAUCCGUAAACAGAAAAACAUAUAUUUUUUCAUAAUUAUUAUUAUCAGUCAACGUUUUCAAAAAAUCUACGAGAAUAUGGUUUGACAACAGUGGCAACUAUAUUUAUUAUACUAUUUUCUACUCUGAUGGUAAUUUUUAACGCUUUUAAUUAAAUCUUAUCUUUAAUAUGAAUUUUAAAACUAGUUUACUUUAUUUGAUCUUCUUAACGUCUGCAACCAAAAUGGUGCAUAUAUUAUAUUAAAGUAUCGUUAAAUUGCGUUAAUUUUAACAUGAAAAUAUGCCCUAUGCACCUAAGAGGGGCUCUCAGGAUUUUUUCCAGCAUAAUAAGUCUUUGCCACACUGCAAUAAUCUAUCUGUACAUACAAAUUGCACAAACUUUUGUGUAGGAACAAAAGUCGUUAUGUAAAAUUGUAUCAUAUUAACAGGAUAUAACAAUCAUACACACACUGUACAGCUAAUCUAAGUAACAUGAAUAAAAUGCCCACGAUUUUUUGAAUUAAUUUUUACGAUCUCUCUUAUUAAGAUAAUGAUGAUUUGUGAUUAACGUGAAAUUCUCUUUUAAUUUUGAGUUUUAAUUAACCUUAACAAAAUGUCGUUUUGAUAAGAUUAUUUUUUAACACUCCGUAUGCAAAUUAGCGUCCUUUAUUAUUAUUACUAACCCGGCGGCUUAAACAUAUUUCUAAAGUAUUACUAAUUAUUUCGUUUUGACUACCAAGUACUAUACUCUCUCAUUACACCACGCUUGCAAAUAUAUCUAACUAAAUAAUUUAAUACUGAAGAUUUUGUUAAAAAUGUUUUCUAUCAUUCACCGUUAACAGCCCGCAGCCGUAUUUAAGCAAACAGGUACCCAAAACCGCAAAAAAAUCGCGAUAAUCAUUUCUUUUUAAACCUAUUUCCUUGCAAAAAACACCUAAUUCACUCAUUGAAUGAUAGACAACAUUUUUGUUAUUAAGUUCUUUCACUGGCUUUUCUCGAAGUGACUCCUCGUAAGCCAAAAAUAUUUUAAAAAUCCGAGCAGAUAUUUUUGUAAAAGAUUUUAUUACGAAACUCGGCAUUAAUGUUUUCAAAAACAAUUCAAAUUUUGGAUCGGAUAAAUAUUUUACUAUAAGUACUUAGUACCUAUUGAAGGGAAAUCGGUACUAUUUUCUACCCCCAUUUUUUGUUAAUAAUACCCCUAAAAAGUUGAAAACUCAGAAAGGAACGGUUCACUUCGCGUAAGCAAUUUCUUUUCUCAGGGGUCGUUUACAUAUUCCAAAGUACAAAAGGAGUUUUCUGUCUCUCCAAACGGCCUGCCCAUUUUAUACAUUAGUUUACGUGGCAAUGAUUUGAUCUCUCUUUUAGUCAAAUAUUUUUAGGGUCCUCCCGGCAGCGCACUUAAGCGCAAACUAAGUUUAGCAUCGUUAAACCUCCAUAGAUAAAGCUAUAUUUUAUUAUUAUUAUAGGGUACUAAAUCGUCUAAAGACUUCGUUAAUACUCGAGCAAUAAUCGGACAAUUGUCAAUGUUUAUGCAGGGUCCAUGGUAUAUGACUGUAAACCUUUCUAUAAAUCAAUACAGUUUGGUACCUACUUCAUUACAAAAGCAUUUCAAUUUUUUUUAUUCAGCUUUAAAUAUAGUAACAUUUUUAUUUUUUUGUAAGAAAAUUAAAAAUCUUACAGUUCCAGAGGUCCUUAAGUAUGGGUUGCCUAGAGAUCACUGUACUGAUAAGGUCGCCCUUUGUUUUUAAGUCUAUCUUGAAUUUUUUAUUCUUCGUCAUAGUUACAAUACAGAUGUUUAAAUAUAAAAAAAAAAAAAAAAAUAUUUGUAACAAAUAUAUUUUAAAUAAAGAUAACAGACUGUGUGAAAUGUUUGCAUUCAUGUACCUUCAGCCCGAUAGGUACGACAAAAGUCGCGUCGUCUAUGGAGGAUUUAUUUGUGCAUUAAAUAGCGUUUAGUUGAAGACAUGCGGUAGGAAAAUAAUAUAAUCUUAGUUAGUUAUAAGAGAUUUUUGUAUUUAUUUCAUAGAUUUAUAUUAGAUAAUUUGUAAAGUGAUUAGAUGUAAGCGUUUUUUGUUUAAAAUAUGGCGAUGGUCGUUCAAAAAUUGUAGGCGAAGUUGUCAAGCACUUAGUACUUAAGAUCAACUUAAUUUUUCGUUGCUUUCUUAGCUUUUCCUUUGUCUUCAGAGUCAAUCUCGGCAAAUGAAUGUUUUAAUUACAUUAGCAGAACAUGAACGAGUGUGUAAGACAAGCAAAAGAGAUCUGUCUUGUGAUUUUAAUAAUAAAAUUAAUAUGUACUCAAAUGAGAUUAACUCGGCUCUUUUGCUAUUUAGUUAACUGGAAGUUCUAAUGGCGAUUGUUCAAUAAAUGGUGUCCUUAGAUGGUAUUGUGUAAAUAGUUUAUAUUUUAGUGCAUUUUUUCGGUUGUAGUUCUAAGUGAUUUCUGCUUCUAAAAGUCUUUCAUAUCGACAAUCUGCCAUAUCAAUAUGAAAAUAAAUAUAUAGUCGGAGGCGUUGAACACGAUCAUUUGCACGCAUUUUUUUGUCCAUCUACUUUCUUUCAAACAUCCUUUUCAAAUUCAUUUGUUAUAAGCAAAUGAUCAGCUACAAGGCCACCCGACGCGUGUACAGUAUUUUAAAGAUAAAAUUACGUUAAAGAUUUGUAUGAAAAUUUAAUUAUAUUGUCUUCUUAAAA